GCCGCUGGGAGGAACGCGUCGCCGGUGCUUGGCACUGCUGCGGCGGCGGCGGCCCGAUCCUCCGACCCCCGCCGCGAGGGCUCGGCUGAAGUCCGCGGGAGCUUCGCUGGGAGCCUCGUUCCGGCUCUGGCGCCGAGGCGCGAUGGAGUUCGCGGCGGGAGUGGGGCUGUUUCUCGCGCUGUGGGUCGCGGCGGAGCCCUGCCUGGGGGAUUCGGGUUCGUCUAGUUCAUUGGAUCCACCAUCUCUUAGUAUCCAAAAGCAUAUGAUUACUAUAGCUGCAAAUGAUACGUUACAGAUUACUUGCAGUGGCGAGAGGACUUUGGAUUGGCUUUUGCCUAACAACCAGACGAGCACUGAAAACCGAGUAGCAGUGACUGAGUGUGCCAGCGAUACCUACUGUAAGAUGCUCACCCUGACGGAAGCAGUAGGCAACGACACGGGGUCCUACAAGUGUUUUUACCAAGACAACCAUACAUCAUCAAGCAUUUAUGUUUAUGUACAAGAUUACAGAUCUCCAUUUGUGAUGUCAGUCAGUGAGCCUGGGGCUGUAUAUAUAACUGGAAACAAAACUGUGGUGAUUCCAUGCCUUGGAUCUUCAUCAAACCUGAAUGUAUCACUCCAUUCAAAGUAUCCAGAGAAAACAUUUGUUCCUGAUGGAAAGUCAGUUACAUGGGAUAAUCAAAAGGGUUUCACAAUUCCCACUAACAUGAUCAGUGAUGUAGGAAUGGUCUUCUGCAAAACUAAGAUAGAUGGUGAAAGCUAUCAAUCAGUGAUGUACGUUGUGGUGGUUUUAGGAUACAGAAUUUAUGACCUCAGCAUGAGCCCUCUGCACCAAGUAGAGCUGGCAGCAGGAGAGAAGCUGUCCUUAAACUGUACAGCAAGGACUGAGCUGAAUGUGAGAAUUGAGUUUCAGUGGGACUACCCUUCAAAAAAGAAAAUGAAUGCUGCAUUCAAGGAAGCCAUGACAUCCUUGGGCAAUGAAAUGAAGAAGUUUGUGAGCACCCUCACCAUCGAACACGUGACUUUAAGUGAUGGGGGUCUGUACAGUUGUAUGGCCUCCAGCAGCCAGAUGACAAAGAGACACAAAAUUAAUGUCAUUGUUCAUGAAAAGCCUUAUCUCUUUUUGGGAAAAAUGCCACUUCUGGUGGAGACAGUACUCAGAGAACCAGCUAAGGUGUCUGUGUUAUUCAAAGGGUAUCCACCCCCAGAAGCAAAAUGGUAUAAAAACGGAGAAGCUAUCGUUGCAAAUCGUACUGUGAAACUUGGUUACUCCUUGAUGAUUACUGAAAUGAGUGAAAGAGAUGCUGGAAAUUACACUGUUGUGCUGACCAAUCCCAUUAACAAGGAGCGUGAGAAGCACACAUUUCAUCUGGUGGUAAACGUUCCACCUCAGAUUGGGGAGAAUGCUCUUCUGUCGUCUGUGGAUUCUUACAAAUAUGGCUCCACUCAAACUCUUACAUGUACAGUAUAUGCUGUUCCAGCAGUGAGCCACAUUCAGUGGUACUGGCAAUUUGAGGAAGAAUGCACUUUCAAUCCACACCAAGCUAGAAUGGGGAAUAAUCCCUAUGCAUGUAAGAAAUGGAAAACCAUAACAGACCGAAGAGGUGGAAAUCAGAUUGAAAUCCUAAAAGAUCAGUUUGUUGCUAUUGCUGGGAAAAUGAAGACCGUUAGCAGUCUCACCAUUCAAGCAGCAAAUGUGUCCACCUUGUACAGAUGUGUAGCAAAUAAUAAAGCCGGAGUGGGUGAAAGAAUAAUUUCCUUUCAUGUGACUAGAGGCCUUGAGAUCAGUCUUCAGCCUCAAGGCCAGCCUACCAAGAAGCACAACGUAACUUUGCACUGCACCGCAGACAAGCACACGUUUGAAAACCUCUCCUGGUUUAAGUUCAGCCCUCGUGUUUUGGGGACUCGCCUGGAUAGGCUGCCUAUGCCUGUUUGCAAGAAUUUGGAGGCCCUCCAGAAGCUGAAUGGCACCACCACAAAGGCCAUUGGGGGGAACAUUACCUUGAGUCUCUUUCUCCACAAUAUUACCCUCCAAGAUAGUGGGGAGUAUGUGUGCAUCGCUCUGGAUAAAAAGAGCAAAACUCGACACUGCCUUGUCAAACAUCUUGCUAUUCAAGAACCAGUGGCACCCACAAUUACAGGACACCCUCAGAAUCAGACAACAAACAUUGGUGAAACCAUAGAAGUAGUUUGCACAGCAAGUGGGAUUCCUCCUCCACACAUCACUUGGUUUAAAAACAAUAACUCUCUGAUUGAAGAUUCAGGUAUUGUCCUGAAAGAUGGGCACCAACGGCUCACCAUACGAAGGGUGAGAAAGGAAGAUGAAGGUCUCUACAUGUGCUGUGCCUGCAAUGUCCUAGGUUGUACAAAAGCAGCUGCAUUUUUUGAAGUGGAAGGCACUGAUGAGAAAACAAACCUUGAGCUCAUUAUUCUUGUUGGAACAGCAGUCAUUGCCAUGUUCUUCUGGCUGCUCCUCGUAAUCAUUCUCCGGACUGUUAAACGGGCCAAUGGAGGAGAACUUAAGACUGGCUACCUGUCUAUCAUUAUGGAUCCUGAUGAAGUCCCUAUGGAUGAGCAGUGUGAACGUCUCCCUUAUGAUGCCAAUAAAUGGGAGUUCCCCCGGGACAGGCUGAAGCUAGGUAAGCCACUUGGUCGAGGAGCAUUUGGUCAAGUUCUUGAAGCAGAUGCAUUUGGAAUCGACAAAACAACUACCUGUAGAACCGUAGCGGUCAAAAUGCUGAAAGAGGGUGCCACACACAGUGAACAUCGAGCAUUGAUGUCUGAACUCAAAAUUCUCAUUCAUAUUGGCCAUCAUCUCAAUGUGGUCAACCUACUUGGGGCUUGCACAAAACCAGGAGGUCCACUCAUGGUGAUUGUGGAAUACUGCAAGUUUGGAAAUUUGUCUGUGUAUUUAAGAAGCAAGCGAAAUGAUUUUGUCCCUUACAAGACCAUUAAUACCAGAUCUGGGCGAGGACACAGUGAUAUCUCUGCAGACCUGAAGAAACGCUUGGACAGCAUUACAAGUAGCCAGAGCUCAGCAAGUUCAGGAUUUGGAGAGGAGCGAUCCCUCAGUGAUAUGGAAGAAGGAGAAGUAACAUCAGAAGAUCCUUGCAAAGCUUCUCUGAGUCUAGAGGACCUUAUCUGCUACAGCUUCCAGGUGGCUCGGGGGAUGGAGUUCCUGGCCUCCCGGAAAUGUAUACACCGAGAUUUGGCUGCUCGCAAUAUCCUCUUAUCGGAGAACAAUGUGGUCAAAAUCUGUGAUUUUGGACUAGCUCGGGACAUCUACAAAGAUCCAGAUUAUGUCAGGAAAGGAGAUGCUAGACUACCCCUUAAAUGGAUGGCCCCAGAAACCAUUUUUGAUCGUGUAUAUACAAUUCAAAGUGAUGUGUGGUCUUUUGGUGUAUUGCUAUGGGAGAUAUUUUCAUUAGGGGCCUCACCAUACCCAGGUGUAAAAAUUGAUGAAGACUUCUGUCGAAGACUGAAAGAAGGAACAAGGAUGAGGCCACCAGAUUAUACAACACCUGAAAUGUACCAGACGAUGUUGGACUGCUGGCAUGGGGAACCCAGACAAAGACCCACCUUUUCAGAUUUGGUGGAACGCUUAGGAAAUGUACUGCAAGCAAAUGUUCACAAGGAUGGUAAAGACUAUGUUGUCCUUCCCCAAAUUAUGUUGCUCCAUAUUGAAGAGGAUUCUGGACUCUCCCUGCCAACUUCACCUGUUUCCUGCAAGGAAGAAGAGGAAGUAUGUGAUUCUCAGUUCCAUUAUGACAGCACGUCACAAACAAGUAAGCAUUGCACAGGGAGUAAAAGAAACAGCCGCCCUGUGAGUGUCAAAACCUUUGAAUCUGUGCCCAUAGAACCAACCAUAAAAGUGGUUCAAGACGAAAAUCAGACAGACAGUGGGAUGAUUCUUGCAUCUGAAGAACUAAAAGUGUUAGAAGAGAAAUCUAAACAACUGAUAUUGCCCUUCAGUGGGCUGGUUUCCAGUAAAAGCAAUGAAUCUGUUAUGUCUGAAGCUUCAAAUCCAACCAGUGGCUACCAGUCAGGCUAUCAUUCAGAUGACAUGGACACCACCAUUUAUCCUAGCGAAGAAACAGAACUCUUAACACUCAGAGACGAUGCUUCUCAGACCUGCUACAUUGCAUAUGGCCCUGCUAUCUCUCUGAGCUCACAGUCUGUUUAAGGACCUCUCCAAAAAUGGCAAUGACUGGAACUUGUACCAAACAUUGCCUUUUCCUGAAACCCAUAGUAUUUGUAUCCAGAGCACAGGAUGGAAGAAAAAUAUGAAUUUUCCCACAUCUUCUAAGAUAAAAAGGAGACAAAUUGCAAUAAGGGAUGUUGGAGGCAGUGUCAGUGUUGGAGAGAGCUUGAAGAUAUAUCAGACGUUACUGAGAGUCAUGCACAAUGAUGUCAUCAUCAGUUUGAAUACAAUAAGAACACUGUAAAAUCUGCUAACGAAUCAUCUUUCUGUGCAGUUGCAUGAAGAUGGAAAAAGGUUCAGUCAGAAUCCUUUGAAUUUUGGGUUUGGUCAGCAGUGAAGUUUCAGCAGUGCGGUUGGUGGAACCUAAGACAGACUCUGACAGUACAGCCCCCUGCCUUUACUAAAUUCUGUUUCACUUUUCCACUGAAGGAACCUUCAGUCUAAAUCUUGCUGUUGGAAAUAAGCCACUGAAAGCUGCUGAAGAGCACAGCAACUGUCUCCUUGUGAGAAGCUCUGUUUUGGUUACAUAGCCCUUGAUGUACUGUGAGUCUUUCAAAGGAGGCUUCCUACUGAAAUGACUCUUACAGGUUUGAUGAAUCCUUAAAAAAAUAGCGAAAUGGUCCCGGAGUUUAACCACUAUUCACCAAAGAAUGUUGGUGAACUUUGCUUUAUUUGAUCAAUGCUAUAUGGUUCUUAAGAUACAGACCCAUACUACUUCUUGGAAACAGCCACCUUGAUAAAAUAAUUCAUUGUAAUGCAACCAAGCACGUUGUCUAUAAAACUACUUGCAUCACUGACAUGUUUCAUAACCAGCUGCUCAGAAUAUUCUGACGAUCUUUCAAAUGGAAAGAUUUCACAACUUGGGUCACCAGAGUUCUAGCAAUGUGCGAUACACAUUGAAAGACUUUACAAAAAGUAUCAUGAAGCUAUUUUGAUUAGAGUUGUUUUGGUUACUUUUAUAUUUUUCGUUCAUGGUUUUGUAUUGUGUUUAAUAUUUCAAGCAUAGCAAAUCCAUGAAUUAACAAAAAUUUAAAAGGCGCAAUACAGUAUUUAUAGUCUGACUA